AUGGCGCACAAGUAUGAUCUUCUUCUCGUUCAAACCAAAACAGACGAGAAAAAGCGACUUAAACCAUGGUAAGGAAGCUUUUGUAGAACUCAGAUGUGUCAAUGAGAUAAUUCAGGUCUUCUUAAACAAGUUGAUAGGCUCAGUUCGGUGGUUGUUGUCGGCGAGCGAGUUACUUUUGUGCAGCCUUGAGCUCUUCACCUAAUGCUUGAUUGCUGUAAUUCCCUCGAUUUGCAAAGCAUAUAACAAAAAAUAUAAUGUACAAUUAAGCGUUAAUUCGAAAAUGGUAUAUGACUACACUGUUGAGGCUCGAUCUGGAGCCAGUGAUGUUAAAGACUCGCAUGCAGUUCUCGAGUAUUAUGAUAAAUUUCAAGUUCAUUUUAUCUUACAGCCACACACAAAGUGCGUUAUUUGCGUCUAAAUCACGAACCAGAGGUUUUUAACCCUUAUAAAAGACAAACUGAGCACUCUGCAGUGUAAAGGCGAAGAUUUCUGAAAUUAAUUUGAGGAACGAAGAGAGCAGUAGAACAAUAAAGUUUUUUAAAAGGCAUGUGCAAACAACAACAUCAUAAUUUUGAAAUUUAAAGUACUCUGUUGUUUUUCAGUAGCAUUAUGCAUAUGGUGAGGGUUAGUUAACUUAAAGCUAUGUUCACCCUGUAUCAAGGCCCUCAUAUCCUUUUUUUUGCAUUUUGAGGAUUUUGGCUUUAGCCGACAGACGGACUGAGCCAAAAGUUGUAGUUUCAUCUGUGGUGUAGGCUAGGUUUCGUCAUACAUGUAUUAUGACAAAUGGUUUUCAGGUACAAGGAGAGGUUAGAGACAAAGUACAUCAAGCCAAGAAAACUAAGGGGAAAUUCAGAGACACUUGUUGGUUCUGCUUGGACAUUUUUGGAGAAAGGAAGGGAUGACUUUAGAGAUGGACUCCCUCCUGAGGCUAAUUAUAAUUAUGUUAAAAAGGUAAGGAGUGCAUUCAUUGGGAAUUUUAAUUCUGUAUUAUUGCCUUGAUUUCUUGAGUUUACAUGGCUUAGGUGAAAUGAGAAAAUGAGGCUCUGAGCUAAAGAACAAAAAUUAUUUGUCAUUGGGUGAUUCCAGGGAAUAUCCAUACCUUACCACAGACAGCUUUUUGGAAUUCUGAGGGUAAGGGGGGUUCUUUGAACUGGAAAUCCGAAGGUAUGGGAAUACUUACAAUAAUAUUGGAAGUUCGAAGACAAGGGGAAGGUUUAUAUGUGGAAUUUCCACGGUUUUGUCGACUUAAUCAUGAUCAGUUUGCAAAUAAAGAGCAUGAAGUGGCAACAAUGGAUACAAGACAAGCAUUGAUCAAUCAGGCAUGUUUUUGUGCUCAUUCGUGGAAGAAAACUGACAAAACAAAGAUUGAAUAACAAGCUCCAGAGGCCUCAAUCCCACAUAAUGUCCUUUUAUCUCUCAUCAAAGUGGCCUGAUAAAUUAUUUUGUCCAUUCAGUGUGAAACAUAGUCUUUUAACUGAGGACGCCAUUUUACUUUUGAAGCUUGUGGGAUUGAGAGUGACUUCUGACCCCAAAGGCUCAAAUUCAAGAUCGCGGAAAUGAAAAUACCCAAACGUGCUGUCAAUCGUACUACCCCACCGUAAAUCCUCUAUUAAGCCCCCCUCUCUUUAAAAAGGGAUCAUUGAUCCUGACAAGGGUGUAGAGAUGAAAAAGUGCUUGAAAUUUUUCCUGUUCCUUAAAUGUACUUUCUUGUUUUAUUUGUUCAGACUCGUAGUGGAUUAGGGCCACAUAUUACUGGAUCGGAUGAAUCAGUCAAUACUACAACCAAGGCAGCAACUAGGUUUACAAAGAAUGAGGCUUGUUAUUCAAGGUCAGGAGACAAAUCUUGUGUCUUGAUAUGCUUGAUCAUUUUAUUUGUUUUUGCUGUCGCACUGAUUAAGAGGCAUUUGUGCAGCUGACCUGUAAUGUUUUUCUCAUGCAGGUCACUCCCUCUUCAACAACAGAGGCGGGGUCGUGUAGAUGAUAUAGAGUUCAACCUGAUGCAGCACCCACUGGCUUUGUUCCCGCACCUGGAAGAAUCUCUUCCUCCUGAUGUAAGUUGCCACAGACUGGGCUUAGUGGCAAAACUUGUUUUUUUUGGCCUGAAUGUUGUACAUUUAACUGUGAACUGGUACUCGUCUAAUUUGUUUGUUUUCUGAAACUCAGGUAUUCGAAGAUGUAGUGGAGAUUCUUGAUCCAGAAAUGAACAUUGACAGUGAAACUGGGGAUGAUGAAAUACAGGUGACACUUCUUAAUAAGUGAAGUCAAUGAGUCUCUACUUUCAAUGCUUCUUUAAUCACUAAUCUUAAGUCAGGCAUUUAACUUCUUUAAGUUUCGUGUGAGAAUUCAAGAGUUUUUGUUAAGCCAGCACUCCACUGGCUGGUAACCAGUUGUCUCUAUUUGGAUGUGGGAAGAGCAUGCAGGGGAUGAAAUGCAAGAGGCAUUACUGAGGGGAGCUCGAGGGGUGAUGGGCACCUUGCACUCCUGACUUAACCAUGCUUAAUAGGAGACUGAGAGAUUACUAGGGACAAGUCAGAGUACUCUAAGAACUAAUUGACUAGUGGGGUGGACAGGCAGGAGUGCAGCAAGGAGCCUUUUAGCCAGACAUUGAAAACUGGCCAUCCAGAAGGCAUGUUUUCCCAUAAAAUUAUAAAAGAUUAAGUGAAUUUUCGUUGUAUUUCUUCGGAAAAUGGGCGUCUACAGGAUGGUUGGACAUGCCUGCAUGUAGGUGUACUCUAGGCACCAUUCUCCACUGAUAAGAAUUGGGGGAGGGGAUACUUCACCUAAAAACAUGAAGGCAGUCUUUAAACUAAAGUGAGGCUGUCUACUUAGGAAAGUGUCUGUUCUUGCUCCUUUGUUUAUGAACAUUUACAGUGUUAAACAAAGAAGAGGUUAAUGACACUUGCGAUGACAAAAAGCUCCACCAUUGCUCCAGCGUUUAUGGUGGGAACUGAACUAUCUCAGUCAAUGUUAGAAAUAGUAACUUGUCUUGAAUCCAUGAGCAAAUUAAACACAACCCUUGUAUGCUUUGGCACCAAGAAGACUGUUUUGAACUCAACUAGCUUAGAUUCCAAAGUAUGUUUUAAAUUUGUUUCAGGAGGGAAGUGAAAAGGACUCUGAGGAAGAGAAUCAAAGCAAUGCUCAAGAUGAGGUUAGGAAGUCAAUUUGUAUAAUUUACAAGCUUAACGGUCAGUCUAACCUGCUUAGCAUGGAAUGCUUGCUAUACAGGCCAGUAAUAGCUAGCAUCAUCAAUCAUAUUUUUUAAAAUUUGCAUUUCGAUAUUAUUAAAUAAUAAAAGAUAAGGAGAAAAACCUAAAAGUCCCAAAAUGGGAAAUUUUGGUAUCUACAUGUAUGACCUAAUUAACAUUUUUUUCUUUUGCAGUCCAUCAGAAGUGGAGAAUCAGGAAAAAUCAGGUGUGAAUUCAAGCAAUUUUUUUUAUACCUAGAAACUCAUAAAAGAUCAGCUUGACAACUGACCAUAUAAAUAAAAAUGGCUUGGGACUUUCUUAAUGGUGUGCUAAGUGAUGAGGUGCACGCAGAUUAGGUUCUAUCCUCUUGUGUGGGAUUAAAAAUCCCAUCAAGUCCCCUUUUGCAAAAAAAGGCCAGUGAUGUUUUUUGAUUUUACCUUCCUAGAAGCGAUCGUAUUUCAUGUGGUUAGCUCACUAUCUUUCGUUAUUGGGUCUCAACUUUGCAGUUGAUUAACUUUAAUAAACAUUUACCUUUCUGAUUUUAAGAUAUGUUUCAUUGUUGAGUUGGGUAAAAUGUUCAAGAAGUUAUUAACCACUGGCAUUGUUGUACAUAUUUAUAUGGCAGGUCUUAUUGUGUAGGCUUUCCGGCAUUGAUAACUGAACAGCUAUAUCUAGAUAUUUUAAUUAUAUUAUUAUUAUUAUUAUUUACAUUCAUUUGUUACUAUUUCACACAUAGCAAUCCUUAUUCUGAUAAGGAUCAGGCAAAACUGACCUAUAAAUGGAAACCAAAACAAGAGGAGGUAGCAAAAGAAGAAAGCAAAAGAGCAAGUCGCAAAAAAGCAGAGUCUCCAACAUCGGUAAAGUUAAAAAUUUGUAUUUUAUUGCCCACUUGGCUAUAAAAGUGUGCAAGUUUUAUCAAAUGACUGUUAAUGGUAAGGCCACAUAGACAAGUGGUUACAAAGAUACAGUUGCAACCCAGAGGCCCCUGAGUUAAAAUCCUGCCUUGACCUCUAGUUAGAUUUGUUCUUGUUAGUUCUGAGUUAAUUAACUCCUUGGCUAUAAUAUCAUUGUUUAUUAUAUAAACACCAAUGAAAUACCAGAUGAGCUUUCGCACGAAAACAUGAUAUCUUCACACGUGAAAAUAACAUGUUAUUUUCACGUGUGAAAAUAUCACCGUUGCGAUGGCUACACAAUAAAUCGCGCCUUUCGCAGGAAAAAACUGUUUCAUUGAAAUGGUUUGGUAUUUCAUUGGUGUUAUAAAUAGAACAUUACAUGGCCGCUUGGAGAUACGAAAUUUCUCUUCUCACUCGAAGAGGAAGAGAAAUUUUGUAUCUCUGCGCGGCCAUGUAAUAUCCUCUAUAAAUAGCCAACUGGUUUGCCUUCAGCUAGUUGGGAGUCUUACUACAUAAGUACUGUUAAGAAUCCCGACUGGCUGAAUUAAUUGCUUCCACUUUUAUUAGUGAGCCACAUUGUAAACUACUGGGUAACCUGUGCAGUGAUUUGACAAAGUAUUAUUUUAGCAAUUUACAUUUUAUUGACUAAUAAUGUAAAAUGCUUAAGUAAUACUUUUAAUAAUACUUAAUUUUACUUUAGGAUGCAAGGAUACAAGAAGUGACAAAAGAAUUCUGUGAGUGGGUAGCUGGAUUGGUAAGUAUACAUAUCUGCAUUGUGAAGGCCACAGUUUACCAACCCUUUAAUAACAGUCCUAUAACAGUCCUAUUCAUAUAAUAAAAUUUAUCAUAUUUCAAUUUGAACUGCAGUCUGGUUAUUACAUUUUUCAUUUACUUCCCUAUUAGGGUGGGCAAAGCAAUAACAUUGAAGAAUCAACUGUGAUGAGCCUUUUCGCUAGUGGAUAUGAAACAAAGGUUGGUUUGACAAAUGCAGUACAUGAUAAUAAAAUAUAUUAUGUAAUCAGACGCAUAUAACCCCGAAUCGGGGUAAUGUAAAACCAUCAUGCAUUGACAAGCUCCUGGAAGAAGAGGGCGGGGUAGACCAUGGAGAUGUUGUGUAACAGACAUCUGUGAAUGGACACGGAGUACACCAUCACAGGCUAUCAGGCUUGCUGAGAAGAGAGACUUAAGAAUAAUCCUGCAUCAGAGUGCGUUUACAGAUCCUGAGAGAUCUUUAGUGUAAAAGAAUAAGGUAAAGUAAUGUUUUGUAUCAUUUUUUUUUGCAGCCUGCACUGUCAGUACCCAUCCAUGUUGUUGAGCUCACAAAUGUUCCACCAGAAUUAAGAAUGAAUACAGGGUCACCGUUACCAAAACCAAGUGACACAAGACAAGUUCCAGAAGCCGACAAGGAUAAGGUAGGAAUAAAAGAACUGCACUUGAAAAGUGGUUAAGAACAAGAAAUGAUGGUGGUGAUGAGGAUGAUAGUUAAAUGACCAUGGGAAAGUGUUAACUGUUUAAGCCUCAAUAGUGACCAACGUCUAAUUUCUCCCAACAAUAACACUGCCUGAUCAAACAGACAGGUCAUGACAAUUAAUGAAAUGAUCACCAAAGAUGAAAUGUUGUGACGUUACAACAAAUUCUCUCAAGCAGUACCAUAAGGAAUGUAUGAAGAACAGUGUGGAGAAGACAUAUGUUGAUGUUGGGACUUAAAGGGUUAAAUUAAUGUUGUCAGUGCCACUAACAAGGAUGCUUAAAUACAAUCUCAUAAUGGCCUGCGAAUAGAGCCAUCCAUCCUUGCUGCCAGGGACACAUCUGCAUCAAAUAACAGAAAUGGCACACCGAUGACAUAUAAUCUGUCCAGAAUCUGGUCAGGGGCUCUGAUUUGUUGAAGUAGUCAGGGUUCUCGUUAAGUGCCAGCAGCCAGCUAAAAAACCGGCUACUUGAACGUUUGAGCCUUCUGCUUUUUGGGGCAAUAGGGUAAAGUGAGAAAGUGAAAUCCAGAAGUUGCCUACAGCAUUUAGUUUCCAAGCCGCCUAUAUUUACAUCAUAGCUGUCCACUUUAAAACUUAAGGAGAACCCCGUGUAGUAAAUUCUUUUAGCCGUUGUUUGUGAAUGACAGACAAAAGACAAAAGGUCACAAGGUCAAAUGUAAACAAAAUAAAUCCACUACAAAACAGUCAGUAUUUGUGGAAUAUGUUCUUCUUUAGAUGAAGUAUUUGAGUUUUCCUGCACUUGUUGCAGAAAAACUCAAGAAAGAAACAUAAACUCAAAAAUUUACAUUUGGAGCCCCAUGACUACCAGAUCAAAUAAAGUCAUCAGUAUGGUAUUUGUAUCAAACGGUGCAGACGCUUCUCCUGCCAAACCUCCCUUGUGGUAAGGAGAUAGGGAGACAGCUGUAAUCACAGGGUAACACUUAAAUGAAUCAACACAGAUUGUCUUUUCUGUGGCAGUUCAUGUCAUUCCUAGCCUGCGUAGCUGGCGGUAUUGUGUGGGUGUGAGAUUAACGUUUUGGCGGCGGAGUCGUGUUCCAAAAAAAGAGAAUAGGGACGAGCUACGCAGGCUAUGUCAUUCCCGGCUUUUUAAAUAACAAGUGCCAUUUUAUUGUGACUCCUAGCAAGCCAAAGGCAAGUAUGUUCCAAGUUGGGUGAAAGUGAAAUAUGGUGCAUGGUACCUGAGUCCAAAGACAUGGAAAGCUCGGCCAAAGGAUGAACCAUUACAGGAUCCUAAGGAACAACAAGAUAAAACUUUGUCAGAAUCCAAAAAGAAAAGUCAUAAACUGGUAAGAUCCACAGCCUACACUAGCGUACCCAUAGAUUCCAUUUAAAAUGAAUCUAUUAUUUGCUAACCUGUAUCAAAUUCAAAUCAGCAUUCCUGCAUGGGUAACGAUCGAGUAGCAAAUUUUGGCUACAACUCCUCGGUAUUCGGUCAGAUUGAAAGAUCUUUGAAUGGACAGAAUUGCUUUGAAGACAUUGACAUGAAAUUCAAGAAAUCUGAGGCUGAGCUGGCAGAAAUUUCGUAACUACCUCGUGUGAACUCACUGCUCAUUACACAUGCAGGGAUGCAGAGAUAAAUCUGAAGUCUACAACUACUAAUGGAUUUUUAACUUUCAAGUAAUAUAUUCUUUAAUGGAAUUUUGGCUUGACUGUAAGGUAUAAGAAAAAAGUCCACUGUAAUGUUCAUGUAUGUAUAAAAACGUUUUUGAAAGAAUGCAUAAAAUGUUAGAAAUACUUCUUUAGCAAGACAAGAUUGUUCCCUCCAUUCUUGCCCUUUUAUUAGCUGUUGGCUACUUUUUGAUAAAAAAAAUCACCAGUGUGCUGUAUUGCGAUCCCUUUUCAAAACUUUGUCGCUGCGUGGCAAUGCAAUAAUAUUACAAGUUUAGUUGUAAUGGGAUCCAGAGAUUACUGCUUGGGAGGUUAAAGAAAAAAAGUAAUCUAAAUAUGUUAAAAUUAAUUUAGAAAUGAUUACCAUUUCUGUUGUGAAUUUCUGAUGACCAUCUUUCUGUAGGAUGCUGUACUUUCAAGCAUGCAUGGAGCAAAGGCUUUUAAAGAAUUUAUAGACAAGAAAAACACCAGAGUACCAGAAUUCCUUGAGGCUGUGUCUGAUCAACAAGAGCAAGUCAAGGCUGAGGCAGAGGAGACACAAGAGAGAAGGAAAUCUCGCUCCAUUAGCACUCAGCAUACACAGUUUGGAACCUCACAGAACUAUGUGUUCUGAUUUUAGAUACAUCAGUAGAAAGAUAAUGCCAGAUCUUUUACUGACGCUUAAAAGAAAAAUGUGACUGAAAAAAAUGUUGCCACUUGCAUCUGUACAGAUACUUGUUUUAUUCUGUUG